UGUUAGUCUAAAUUCAGAUAGGCGAAAGCAAUCCCCUAAACCCUUCACACAUCCGCCGCCGCCGCUGCCGAAUUUCCGGCGGUUUUUGUAGCACGAAUCCUUUUGUAUACAUGGAGAAUGAGGACGAGAAGAAGCCGGAAAAAUACGAGAGCUACGUGGUUGUUCACAACAUAGCGAAGCGGCACAACGUCGGGACGCUCGCCCGCAGCGCCACCGCUUUCGGGGUGGCGGAGCUGAUUUUGGUCGGGCGGCGCGACUUCAACGCCUUCGGCAGCCAUGGAUCCACCUCGCACGUCCGUUUCCGCCAUUUUCACUCCCUCUCACUUGCCCGUACCUAUCUCAAGGAGAGGGACUGUGACAUAUGUGGAGUGGAGAUUACAGAUAAUGCUAUGCCAGUGAACGCGCAUCCUUUCAGAAAGAGCACAGCUUUUCUCGUGGGCAACGAGGGAACAGGGCUUUCUCCGAAGGAGUGUGAGAUGUGCGACUUCUUUGUUUACAUUCCACAAUAUGGCGGUGGUACAGCUUCUUUAAAUGUAACAGUAGCUGCUUCCAUUGUCCUACAACAUUUUGCAGUUUGGGCAGGAUUCUCUGAAAGAACUCGUGAAGGGAACAAGUUUCUUGUGGCCGAUAGACCUGCUUCGUCGGGAAGGAAGUUCUGUGAAGAAACAGCUGAAUCCAUAGCAGAGGAACGAAAACUGAGAAAGGAAAGCGCUGCAAAUGGUUUCUUCUCUGAGAGCGGAAGCAACGAAAAUCCUUCCAACCUCUUGGAUUCAUUGUUCGACUCAUAACGGAAGGGACAUCAGAAACGAUCAAUUUCAAGGUUCUUUCGGCACCCCCUUGCUCUAGAUUGCACUAUUUUUUCGUACUAGAGUUCGUCUGCAAUUCCAAAUACCACACACUUAUUCUGUAUCUGACAUUAGUAUAUAUGCUAAAACACAGUAUUUAUAGAAUGUUAGGGAUUUUUCAUUUCUGCAGUUCUGAACUGAAAAUGGUUAAUGAAGCAGUUAUUUUGUACAUAUACACCAACUCUUUUGUCAGCUCAUAACUAUAAUUGAUUUUGCUAGUGUAAUUUUAUAUGCUUAUUGUUUAA